AUGGCGGUGGAGGUGGAGGAGGUGGCAGAAGAAGUGGUGGCGGGAGUGCUGGCGGGAGUGGUAGCGUCGGUAGCGGCGGCGGAGGCGGUGGCGGCGGAGGGGGUGGCGGCGGCGGUGGCGGCGGCGGCGGCGGCUGGGGCGGCGUUGGCGACGGCGGUGGCGGUCGGGGUGGAGGCACUGGCACUGCGUGGGGCGUCUGGGAGUAGUGGUCGCUGCCCGUAUGUCAUUCGCACAGGUGACCGCAAGGGUCAGACAUGCGGGAAGUUUCACACCCAGCACCGCUGCUUCUCCCGCCUUGACGAUGCCUGGCGUGAGGAGAUGGGCGAGGAGAUGGAGCGCCCUCGCUGGCAUGAGCUGCUUAGGGCUGUGCUGAUGGUGAGUGUUACUUGUGUGUGCCGCCCGACCCAGGCAUAG